UGCCCGGCGGCGGCCCCUUGCCCUUCGGAGGAGGAGGACCCCCCCGAGAGCCCCCUCCCGCGGAGCUACAUCAACGGCGACGCGGCGGUGAGCGAGGGCUACGCGGCCGACGCCUUCUUCUUGACCGACGGGCGCUGCUCGACGGCGGGGGGCGGGGGCGGGGCCGGGGGCGCGGCUGGCCCCUCCCUCUCGCCCGGAGGCCCCUCAGCCCCCUCCUCCCCAGCAGCAGCCCCCUCCCCAGCCGCAGCAGCACGCCACGCGUGCGCGGAGUGCGGGAAGAGCUACGCGACGUCGUCGAACCUGAGCCGGCACAAGCAGACGCACCGGAGCCUGGACAGCCAGCUGGCGAAGCGCUGCCCCACCUGCGGGAAGGUGUACGUGUCCAUGCCGGCGCUGGCCAUGCACCUGCUCACGCACGACCUGCGCCACAAGUGCGGCGUGUGCGGGAAGGCCUUCAGCCGGCCCUGGCUGCUCCAGGGACACCUCCGCUCCCACACCGGGGAGAAGCCCUUCGGCUGCGCCCACUGCGGGAAGGCCUUCGCCGACAGGUCCAACCUCCGCAGAGGUCUGAAGAAUGUGUUCGACGAGGCCAUCCUAGCGGCCCUCGAGCCUCCGGAAACUCAACCCAAACGGAAAUGCUGUAUAUUCUAA